CUGGUGGGUCUGCUGAUGGCUGUGUUCUCCAGUGCAGGAAACUGGUACUGGUGGCUUCUGCUGCCAACAUUCAUGUCCAUGAUGUGCCCGAUUGUGUCCAGUGCUCUGGCAUCUAUUAACAGUCGAUGGGAUCUUCCUGUGUUCACGCUGCCCUUCAACAUCCUGGUGUGUCUCCACAUGGUCGCCACAGGCCACUACAACCACCACUUCCCCCAAAUCCUCAUUCAGCCACGAUCGGCAUUCCCCAACAUUACCUGGGCUGAAAUUGAUGUCGCAAAGCUGUUCAUGUCAGUGCCAGUAGGAAUAGGUCAGGUCUACGGCUGUGACAACCCUUGGACUGGAGGCAUCUUUAUCAUCUCUCUCUUUAUCUCCUCCCCAAUCACCUGUGUUCAUGCUGUCCUGGGAUCUGCAGUGGGGAUGGUUUCAGGUCUGGCCCUGGCAGCUCCUUUUGGAGACAUUUACUUUGGCCUCUGGGGAUACAACUGUGUGUUAGCCUGCAUUGCUAUUGGAGGAAUGUUUUAUGCUCUCACCUGGCAAGUGCAUCUGCUUGCUAUCACAUGUGCUUUUUUCUGCGCAUACCUUGGCUCAGCCAUCGCCAACAUCAUGUCCAGGUUUGGUCUGCCAGCCUGCACCUGGCCUUUCUGCCUGUCUGCCCUCACUUUCCUUCUCUUAACCACGGGGACCAAAAGGAUCUUUAAACUGCCACUGGCCAAAGUGACCUACCCUGAGAAAAACCUGAGGUUCUUCUGGAAGCUGAAGAAGCAGGAAAAGAUGGAGAAAGCUGAAAAAGAGAAGAAGGAGAGGGAGGAGCAGCAGAGAGCCAUUGAAGAAGAAGUUACACUAAACGAUAAAGUGCAACUUAGGAUAGAGCUCGAAAGAUUGGAGCAAAGGAACACAGAAAGUGACGCUCAAAGUGAGGUUAAAAAUGACUCGACGCAAAUUGAUGUACCUCAAACACUCGAAGGUCCCGGAGAAGAAAGUAACAGUGAAAAUGAUUUGAUCGAGAUCACGCUCACUGAUUAUGUUUAAAGUUAAAUUUCUGCAGAGAGAGAUUAAACUUACAAA